UAUAUAUAUCUAAUUGUUGCAAAUAUUUUACAACGGAGGUAUGUAAUAGAACUGUUAUAAAAAAGUGUGCAAUUAGAUAGCAUAACAUGUAUCCCAUGAACAUUUAUAAUUUAGCAAUGGAAACUCUACUACAAUACCCUCUCUUCAUAAUUUUUAUUUCUACCUUAUUUUUCACCUACGUCAUAAAAUCCAUGCAAAAACCAACAUCAAAAUUACCUCCAUGCCCUCCAAAACUACCCUUUAUAGGCAACCUCCACUUACUCUCUUCCAAAAAUACCCUCCCCCACCGCCGCCUCGCGGAGUUGUCUAAGAAGUACGGCCGAGUCAUGAUGCUACAACUCGGCCAAGUACCGACAAUUAUAGUCACAUCCGCCGACAUGGCUAGGGAGGUUAUGAAGACUCAUGACGCGGUGUUUUGUAACCGGCCAGAGCUCAUGGUAGGUAAGGAGGUGUUCUAUGAUUGUAAAGACAUAGGGUUGGCACCCUACGGCGAGUAUUGGCGCCAAGUGAGGAAGAUUUCGACGCUCGAGUUGUUCACCGUGAAACGAGUCGAGUCGUUUAGGUUCAUAAGGGAGGAGGAGACCUUGAAUAUGUUGAAGGCAAUUCGGAAGGAGGUUGGUGGUUGUGCUGUUAACCUUAGCAACAAGUUCUUUGUCCUUGCUUGCGAUGUUAUGUGUAGAGCAACUUUUGGAACUAAAGGUAACGAGCAAGCAGCAUUAAGAGCAUAUACAGCAGGAGUAACAGAAACUUGCACAGGAUUUUGCCCAGCAGACGUCUACCCUUCGAUUAAUUUUCUUAAAACAAUUAGCAGGGGUAAAUUUCAGAAGUUUACUAAGGAAUCUGAUAGAAUUUUAGAUCCCAUAAUUUCUGAUCAUCAAUUUAAGAAGAAACAGGGCAAACAUGAAGAAGAUUUGGUUGAUGUUCUUUUGAAAUAUCACACGGACAACGUUGAUGAUCCCGACGAUUUUUCCAUGUCAACUGAUAACAUUAAGGGAGUUAUCGUGGAGCUUUUAGGAGGUGGAAGUGAGAAUUCAUCGGCAACACUAGAAUGGACAAUGUCUGAGUUGCUAAAGAACCCGAGAGCAAUGGAGAAGGCACAAGCUGAGGUACGACGAGUGUAUGAAGAGAUCGGAGUAGUUGAUGAGACGAAGCUCCAUGAGCUCAAGUACUUGAAACAUGUUGUAAGGGAAGCUUUAAGACUUCAUCCUCCCGUACCUCUUUUGGUACCUAGAGAAUCCAUGGAGAGAUGUCAAAUUUAUUCCUAUGAUAUACCUGCCAAAACUCGUGUUGUGAUCAAUGCAUGGGCUAUUGGAAGGGAUCCUGAAUAUUGGACCGAUCCUGAAAAAUUUAGUCCUGAAAGAUUUGAAGAUUGUUUGGUUGAUUAUAAAGGAAACAAUUUCGAGUUAAUUCCUUUUGGUGCCGGAAGGAGAAGGUGUCCCGGUAUGACACUAGGGGUAGCUAACGUCGAGCUAGCAUUAGCCGCGUUGCUCUACCAUUUUGAUUGGAAGUUACCUAAUGGAGCUCAACCUGAAGACCUAGAGAUGGAUGAAUCUUAUGGCUUGACAAUGAGAAGGAAAAACAAUUUGUUUGCAAUUCCUAUCCCUUUUCAUUAGUUGGUUUAUCGUUACGUACAAGAUGAUGUUGGACUGUUUUUUUAGUAAUUACAUUUUAUAUUUUGUGUAUCAUUAUGUCAUUUAAGACAUAAAGCUUAAUCUAGCAUUAAAUAUAUAUUAUCAUACUUUGUAUGAAAAAUGUAAAAUAUUCUAGAUUAAGCUUUUUUUUUUUUCAACUCCUUUGGCCUUUGGGUUAAACAUGUGAUAUAGUAUCAUGUUUUGUAGUGUAGAGUCAUACAUGUAUAUGCUUAAGCUCAUGUCUUUAUAAAAUAAAAAAAGCCAUUCGUGUA